AUGGAUAAUCUCUUGAGUCUUCUCAAUGGCGUAUUCCGGGCUAUGAAGGCAUACUACCUUGAGGAUUCCAUCAUAACCCAGACGAUCACGGAGCUUCUCCACCUCGUUGGCGUGACUGCAUUUAAUGACCUCCUCAUGCGGAGAAACUUCCUUUCUUGGAAACGAGGGCUCCAGAUCAAUUACAAUAUUACCCGUAUUGAAGAAUGGUGCAAAAGCCACGAUAUGCCGGCCGGUACUCUGCAGCUGGAACACCUUAUGCAAGCAACGAAGCUUCUACAAUUGAAGAAGGCGACUCUGAACGACAUCGAAAUCAUUCAAGAUAUCUGUUGGAUGCUUUCGCCCAAUCAAAUCCAGAAACUCCUUAAUCAGUAUCUUGUUGCGGAUUAUGAGCAGCCUAUCAAUGGUGAAAUUAUGAAAGCCGUUGCCUCGAAGGUUUCAGAAAAGAAUGACACUCUUCUUCUUCCGGCUGUCGAUCUAGAGGACAGCGGGCCGUACGAGAUUGCGGAGCCUCGGGUCAUCACGGCCCUGGAAACAUAUACACCAUCUUGGCUGCAAACUCCCAGGCUCAAACGUUUAGCGGAGAUUGUGUCAGCUCAGGCCCUCGCUCAGCAAGAACGUCUUGAAUACGGUGAUGAAGACGGUGAGUAUGCGGAGCACAAUUCGGAAACCAUGUCCACAGUAGACGAGGGAGAUGUGGUCCCCGUGUAA